GCCGUCAAAAAGGUCUAUUUUCCCUUCUCUUAAAAAAAAUAGUUACUGUUUCCGGCGACUUCGUUACCGACGACAGAAUCCAAGAAAUAAAAAUCAAAAUUAGGGCACAGAAAAAGAAAAAAAAAACAUCUGAUUUGGAGGAAGCCAUGGGAAGAAAAAAAAUGGAGAUCAAGCGAAUUGAGAACAAGAGUAGCCGUCAAGUCACCUUCUCCAAGCGACGAACUGGUCUCGUCGAGAAAGCUCGUCAGCUCUCCGUUCUCUGCGACGCCGCCGUCGCUGUCCUCGUCGUCUCCUCCUCCGGCAAGCACUACUCCUUCUCCUCCGGUGACAGUUUGACCAGGAUUCUUGGUCUGUAUCGGGAGAAACAAGCUGAUGAAGAUCUGAAAGCCUUAGAUCGAUUGGAAUCUGGAAACUAUCUCUCGCACAAGGAAUUACUAGAAAUAGUUAACAGCCAACUGGAAGAACCGAAUCUGGGGAACGUAAACAUAGAUUUCCUCAUUCAGAUGGAGCACCAGCUUGAGGUGGCACUCUCAGUAGCUAGAGCUAGGAAGACACAACUAAUGAUGGAGUCCUUGAAGGCCUUCAAAGGAAAGGAGAAAUCGCUGAGAGUAGAGAACCAGCGUUUGGCAGGCCAGUUUGGAGGGCCGAUUCUUGUGGAAGAAGAGGCCGACAAGGCAACCACAUCGGAAAACAACUCCGGCGAAGAGCAUCAGCAACCACAGGAGACUCUUCGUCUCCUCACCUGAGAGUUCUGUUGAAAUGAAUAUUCUCGUCGUUUUUCAUAAUCUGCAUUUCAAUGGGAAAAAAAAUCUUUUCCAUGCCAUAUACACAAUUGGAAUGCUGUAAUUUAUAGAGUCGCGAGGGCUUAAAAGAUGCUUUCUUCACGGUGAAGCACUUUGAGUUUUUUUUCUCUCUUUUUAGCCGAUGAAAUUAUGGUGGGGCCGGCCUCCGACCGAGUUGGAGCAGCUGUCAUUGUACUACGUGUUGACAACCAUCAACCCGUCAGCAUAAAACUCAGAAAUUAGCGUCUGUAGAAACGCAAAUCUGAAACGAUGUUUUGAUUUUCAAACAAAAAAAAACAAAGAUAAAGGUCGAUUGACAUUUA